CGCUCUGGUUCCGUAUUGGAGCGACACGCAGCGCUCGCUCAUCAGCGCGAGAAACGCCGAACGUGAAUGCGGACGGCCCGAGGGAUGUUGGAGGCCACGCACGCAAAAGAUGAUCCUCAUUUCUGUGACCCGCCAGCAUGAAGACGGCGCGCUUGCGCUUGCGCCUGUCCCUGUUCCUGUUCCUGUGCCUGUGCCCCACCUCGCCGCUGGCUCGCGGGGUCCCGGCUCCGAGGACGGGUGCCGCUCUCGCCGACUUGGAGGAGGACGCGAGGAGAAGCGCGCUCGCCUCGGUCGUCACGAACCGCGGCGGCAUGUCGAAUUGGCGUCCGCCCCCCGGGGACCGCGCGCUUGUGCGGCGGGUUCCGAAGAGAGCCCAGCCGGCGUCCCGCUUCGCCCUGUCUCUCGAUGUGCCCACCAGUAUCCUCAGCGUCCUCAUAGACCUGGCCAAGAACCAGGACCUGAGGACCAAAGCGGCGGCCAAUGCGCAACUGAUGGCGCGCAUCGGCAAGAGGAAGGAGAAUCGAGCAUGCCGGCACGCGGUGGGGGGAGGCAGGAAAGCGGCAGAUGGAGAACAAACAUUCAAGGCGUUGCAUCACCGACAGCGUGAGUAGCUCGGAUACGACUUGACCCCGGUCGGGUCUUCCUUUCUCCUCGUAUCACCGGCGAAACCCGUGCGC